AAAUGGAAAAAGACACGCCGCACUCAGAGCUUCUUCAGACACGCGCAGACAAAUACGAAAACGAUCGCGAAACUUCGAAGAUUUACUUAGAAUGGUGUGAUAAAAGCUAUCGCGGUAUACAUAAUCUAAAAGUGUUGUCGAACCGAUUAAAUAUCAAUGAUUCCUGACAGAUAGUUGUAUACACAUUUGAAUAACUUUUCUUUAAGAGAUUAUUAUUUAUUCUCAAAGGCAGGAGAGAGUUGCUCAAUGGAGUGAGACCAACGUUGCUAAAUUGUUUAGUGUAAAACAGUUUGUACGCAUUGUUUUGAAACAAAUCUCAACAACUUUAUUGCUUUCAUUGAGCAAGGCGAUUGGGACAUCGGCUUCAGUCUUCUGGAGUCAUCCCCGAGGAAAAGCUGGACAAAACUCCGGCAGAAUGAGCACCGAUAAAAACAAGGUGGAGGAUGAGGCAGUGCUGGACAGAGGAGCAUGCUUUGUCAAGCAUGUCUGUGAUGAGGAGGAGGUGGAAGGUCACCACACCGUGUACAUCGGUGUGCAUGUGCCCAAGAGCUACCAGCGGAGACGGCGCCACCGACGCAAGUCCAGCCACAAGGAGAGGAAGGGGAGGCCGGCGGACAACGUAGAAGGGGACAAAUCAGAUGGAGAGAAUGCUGACGAGGCAGCGCCCAACAUCCUCAAACCCCUCAUGGAACAGAACCAGACAGACUCAUGGACAGGGGACUCCUUUGGCCGUGACAAGGCUCCCUGCCAGCCAGUACCUGUCUCUGCAGCAGCAGAGAGGAUAAGGUUUAUCCUGGGUGAGGAGGAUGACGGCCCCCCGCCCCCUCAGCUCUUCACUGAACUGGACGAACUGCUGGCCGUCGACGGACAGGAGAUGGAGUGGAAGGAGACAGCCAGGUGGAUAAAGUUUGAGGAGAAGGUGGAGAAGGGAGGAGAGCGUUGGAGUAAGCCCCACGUGGCCACCUUGUCCCUUCACAGUCUGUUUGAGCUGAAGACCUGCAUCGAGAAGGGCACCAUCCUGCUGGAUCUGGAAGCCUCCACUCUACCACAGGUGGUCGAGUUGAUCACUGACAGCCAGAUCGAGAUCGGUCAGCUGAAGCCUGAGCUAAAGGAUCAGGUCGUGUACACGUUGCUACGGAAACAUCGUCACCAGACCAAGAAGUCCAACCUGCGCUCGCUUGCUGACAUCGGCAAGACGGUGUCCAGUGCAAGUAGGCUGUUUUCCAACCAAGACCAGAACGGUAGCCCAGCCACGGCCCAUCGGAACCUGACCUCCAACAGCCUCAACGACUUUUCUGACCAACCAGAUAGAGACCAGCUGAAGAAUAAGUUGAUGAAGAAGCUUCCACGUGAUGCCGAGGCGUCUAACGUCCUGGUCGGAGGGGUGGACUUCCUGGACACACCCUUCGUGGCGUUUGUCCGUCUGCAGCAGGCUGCCAUGUUGGGAGGUUUGACAGAGGUCCCCGUCCCUACCAGGUUCCUAUUCGUGCUGCUGGGGCCCAAAAGCAAAGCCAAGUCCUACCAUGAGAUCGGACGAGCUAUCGCCACCCUCAUGUCUGAUGAGGUGUUCCAUGACAUUGCCUACAAGGCCAAGGACAGACAGGACCUGCUGGCAGGCAUUGAGGAGUUCCUAGAUGAGGUUAUCGUCCUACCUCCUGGGGAGUGGGACCCUGACAUCAGGAUAGAACCCCCCAAAUCCCUGCCAUCCUCAGAUAAGAGGAAGAACCAGUAUAAUGCUGGAGGCGGAGGGGAUGGGCCCCAGAUGAACGGGGACACGCCGGGACAUGAAGGGGGUCAAGGAGGAGGAGGACAUGGACAUGUUGGAGAAGAGCUCAUGAACACUGGAAAGUUUUGUGGUGGCCUCAUCCUGGACAUCAAGCGAAAGCUGCCGUUCUUCGCCAGUGAUUUCUACGACGCCAUUCACAUCCAGUCGCUUUCCGCCAUCUUGUUCAUCUACCUGGGCACCGUGACCAACGCCAUCACCUUCGGAGGGUUGCUAGGAGAUGCUACAGAAAACAUGCAGGGUGUGUUGGAGAGUUUCCUGGGCACGGCACUGACGGGGGCCAUAUUCUGUCUGCUGGGUGGCCAGCCUCUCACCAUUCUCAGCAGCACAGGUCCUGUACUGGUGUUUGAAAGGCUCCUCUUCAACUUCAGCAAAGACCAUGACUUUGACUACCUGGAGUUCAGGCUGUGGAUCGGCCUUUGGUCAGCCUUCUUCUGCCUGGUGCUGGUUGCCACAGAUGCCAGCUCCCUGGUCAAGUACUUCACACGCUUCACAGAGGAGGGCUUUUCUUCCCUCAUCUCCUUCAUCUUCAUUUACGACGCCUUCAAGAAGAUGCUGAAGCUGGCCCACUACAACCCCAUCAACGCUGGCUAUGACCCCAACUACGUCACAAUGUAUGACUGCCGCUGCAUGCCCCCACCGGACGAAGGCAAUAUGACGGCUCUCUAUAGCGAUGCCCAUGCCUGGAUAAACAAUGCUGAUCUGUCGGUAAACGCCACAUGGGCGUCUCUCGACAAGAAGCAGUGUGUGGUAUACGGCGGCGAGCUGAUUGGUCCAGCCUGUGGCUUCGUCCCUGACGUCACUCUGAUGUCAUUCAUCCUUUUCCUGGGGACCUACACCUGCUCCAUGUCUCUCAAGAAGUUCAAGUUCAGCCGCUUCUUCCCCACCACCGUGAGGAAGCUGAUCAGUGAUUUUGCAAUCAUCCUGACUAUUGUUAUCUUCUGCGGAGUGGAUGCCUUUGUCGGAGUGGACACACCCAAGCUCAUCGUGCCAACUGAAUUCAAGCCCACCAGCCCCAACCGUGGCUGGUUCGUACCCCCAUUUGGAGGGAACCCGUGGUGGGUUUAUCUGGCAGCAGCCCUCCCUGCUCUCCUGGUCACCAUCCUGGUGUUCAUGGACCAGCAGAUCACCGCCGUCAUCGUGAACAGGAAGGAGCACAAACUUAAGAAAGGGGCAGGCUACCAUUUGGACCUGUUCUGGGUAGCAAUACUACUGAUCGUCUGUUCCUUCAUGGGCCUGCCCUGGUACGUGGCUGCUACUGUCAUCUCCAUCGCCCACAUCGACUCUCUGAAGAUGGAGACCCAGUGCUCUGCCCCUGGGGAGCAACCCAAGUUCCUGGGUGUCAGAGAGCAGAGAGUGACCGGUGUCUUUGUCUUCGUUCUGACUGGACUGUCUGUCUUCAUGGCUCCCAUCCUCAAGUUUAUCCCUAUGCCCGUGCUCUAUGGCGUGUUCCUCUACAUGGGCGUGGCAUCUCUCAACGGUGUCCAGUUCUUGGACCGGCUGCAGCUGCUCCUGAUGCCAGCCAAGCACCAGCCUGACCUGAUAUACUUGCGCCACGUUCCCCAGCGUCGUAUCCACCUGUUCACCUUCAUACAGGCCCUCUGCCUUGCCCUUCUCUGGGUCCUCAAGUCCACUGUCGCUGCAAUCAUCUUCCCUGUCAUGAUCUUGGCCCUGGUGGCAGUCAGAAAGGCCAUGGACUACAUCUUCUCCCAGCAAGAUCUCAGCUACCUGGACGACGUCAUCCCAGAGAAAGACAAGAAGAAGAAGGAGGAUGAGAAGAGGAAGAAGAAACAGAAGAAAGGAAGCAUCGACAGCGAAAUCGAUUUUCCCCCUGAGUACCCCUACAAUGACAAAAUCCCCAGUAUUAAAAUCUCCAUGGAUAUAAUGGAGACGGAGCCCAUGUUGGGGAAUAAGGAUAAGGCCUCGGACAGACCCCCGUCGUCUUUCCGUGACCAACACUCACCAUGUUGAGGACUACUUUGAGCCCACUACUGUAGCAAGUCUGAAUCUAUUGAAAAAAAGCUGUGCCUCAGAUUAGAUUCGACCUGGAGCCAGAGGACAACGGUUUCUUCUGGAAAAACUAGUCUCCGGGAUCUGAAAUGACAAACAACCCAACAAAACCAGCACCUGCACACCAUAGUACUAAUCAACACAGCACAAAGUGCAUCUGAAAUUGCACCCUAUUCCCUAUAUAGUGCACUACUUUUGUCCCCUUAGUGCACUAAUUUUGACCAGAGCCCUAUGUAAGGAAUGAGAUGCCAUUUUGGACGUAAACAAAGACCCCUACAGCAGCCUCUUUUUUAUACUGUAGCACUGUUUUAUAAUUCUCUUUUAAAUGUCCUGCUGAAGUACAUAUUUUUUUAUUUAAGAUAACUGACAGAAUUCUUUGUUUUGAGAAGAGAAGUAUAGGAGGGAGCCUUGUGAAACGGGGAGAUGUAAGUGUUUGUAUGAGAGGGGGAGGGGUUGCGCUUGAAAAUCCUUAAUUUGCUGUAGAGGUCAUGCUCUACACCAAGGAAAACGUUGAAGUUCUUUGGAAGCCAUUCAUUGCUUAUUCAUGGGUAUGGUAUUAAUGAUUUGUAAAGCAUUUAAACUAAUACAAUGCUUCAUGUAUUCAUAAUUCAUGCCUGUUAGGUAAUUAAGUACAACAUACUUUAUUAUGCAACUCUUAUGGAGCUGUGAAGUUGGACUUGACUGUUCUAUUCUUUGCCUGCCAGAACAGAUCAAACUUUAAAAUCCCAUUAUGAUUUCAUGUUCAACUGUCCAUCAAAGGCCCAUAGUGUCCUUUUUGGAUAUUCAGGUGUUUCUGUCUGUCCUUUCCCCCACUCCUUCACACCUGUAUUGUUAUUUUUAUUUAUGCAAAAUAUUUUUUGCUCUUGAACCAAAAUGUUGGUUUGGCUAUUUUCCUUCCCAGUGUGUAUGAAACUGAUAAACUUUUCUGAUUGAUCUGUUCUAUUAGUUAUGUUUGUUGUAGGGUUGAGGUCAAUUGCAAUGUCAUUAGAAUUUCUAAUUCAAUUCUUGAAAUCACUCAUGAAGUGGAGAAUUUCUGUUGAAUUACAUUCUAAUUUCAAGAAUUUUAAAGUUUUGGAAUUGAAUUGGAAUUAUACUGUUUAAAUUGGAAUUGAAAAGAAAAUAUUUUUUUAAAUUGAAUUGGAAUUCAAUAUUUGUACAUUUCCCAGGUAAUAUAAGUAAUGCAAAAAGUGUCAAAUUGACUGCAGGAUUUGUUUUAAAUCAUUUAAACUUGUAUUUCUAGAUUUCUAGUAUAACUUGGCUAUCUGAACACUGACAUCAGCCUUAAAGCCUGAGGGAAUUGUUGGGGAUCAUUUCAAUUGGGAAUUAAUUUACCUAACAUUGGAAUUCAGAGGAAAUUAAUUAUCUCUGAAUUCAACGACUGACCUGGAAUUAUAAUUGAAUUUGUGGAAUUAACCCUGGUCUGUUGUUCCUAUCGGCUUUAUAAGAGACAGAAGGACACCAACUACGAUUAUCUGUAGUAGGGAUUGAAAUAUAUAAAUAUACUUAUUUGUAGCUCUACCUCUUUGACUUAAUUAAUGUACUGUAGGUGCCAGGCAUUAUAAGUACAGUAUGAUGAACACGUUAUUAUUAUGCAAUGAUCUGUCAUCAUUAAUACUGAAUUAUUUGCAUGAAAGGGCACAGCACAGGAUCUCUAGCUUAUCACUUUCUGAGUUCCUUUUGCUCUGUAACUAAUUCAUUCAAGAUUUUUAUUUGUAUCACAUUUAAAUAAAUGCAAUAACAGUGACGUAUAUUAUAUCGCUGAUAGAUUAAGUGAAAUAAUAAUUACGUGUAUUUACAAUAUGACAAUUUUUCCAGUUGUCUGUGGGGCAACAUAUUUAUUAUUACCUUUUUUUAAUGAAGUGAUCAUUUAGUAAGUGUUUUUUAAGGAUAUGAAAUAAUAUUAUGAUUAUGAUCUAUGAUAUCAUUGAAGAAUCACUGUGAGACAAUGCAAUAUUGAGGUUACUUGUCUUGCAUUUCUGCAAGAACUAAUGUUGCAUAUAGUGUACAGCUUUUCAAAGUUCCAAGACCAAAUAUUCAUUCACAACCAUUCAACAUUUAAUCUCCUCCACCAGCCAUCUUUCUCGGUUGCCAGCUCUCACAGAUGCAUUGCAGCCCUUGUAGAAAUGUAGGCUUAAAUUAUUUACUUGUGCAAAAAUUCCUAGACUGGAUUUUGACUAAUUGCAAUUUGUAAGUGGCUUGAAGAUAUAGCUUUUGGUUAUGUGGUCUUAUUGAUUACUGGGUUUGUAAAUUAUUUAAAUUGUAACAUCUUCAAGCAUUCAUCUCAGCCAGUUAAAUGAGAUGAAUCAAAACUUUCACUGUGAUUCUUAUCUAUGCUGUUAUCUUCAUGCUACUCUUACAGGAGUGUAUGAAAGCUAAUAUACUGCAGCGGUAAUAUAAUACAAUUAUAUUUGUAAUCUUGCGUGGUAUAAUGUCAAACAAAAAAUAUUGUAUUGUAAGUGUAUCUGAAGUAUGAUAGAACUGUGAUGAAUGUCAAAAUGAUGGUACACUCUUAAUCAUGGUCCCUAUUGAUGUCAUGUUUUCUAUCCCAAAUAUGCCAGCUCCCAUCUUGAUCUGUCUUGGGGCAAAUGUUAGUUGUCUAUAUAUCUUGACAGCAUAUUCAUUUUCUAGGUUUCUAAGUUUAGGAUUAGUCCAUGUUUUGCUGUAAAAUUUGUUGAUUCAUAGGGGGAUAAUUUUAUAAACUUUUAUUUUUAAUAAAGUUGACACAUUUGAGAAUCUAUCUACAAACAUGGUUCAUAUUUAACAAGCACAAGCACUGAGAUACAAGUGUCAGUUGAUUGUAAAACGUAGAACAAAAUAUUCAAGCAAUAAACCUAUACUUUAAGAUAAAUGAAUACCUGUAAGAUUUAUGGUAUUUCAUUAAUAAUCUGUAUAGACUAUUUUUGAAUGAGUAUGUUACUUAAAGUGAGUUAUUUGGCAUAUUUUUCAAAUGACAUGCAUAUUGACAGCAAUAAAGUCACGUACAAAAUGA